CGGUAUUGAAGAGCCGUGUAUCUAUAAAUGGUAGUUUGUGGCUUUUUUUGCUGACUUGUAGUUUGCGGCGGGGGCGGUCGCCAGCAAGGGGUGGUCGCUUCUUUCAAGCACAAACCUAAUAUAUAACCCUCCUAAAUUGUGUGUGUGUGCUUUUAAAUCCAAAAAUAAUCAUGUUUCGACACGCCAUUCGCAAUGCAGCUGCCGGUACAGCACGACGCUCCUAUGCAACCAAAAGCAAGACAACCAAUCUGACGACCACACCACGAGUGCCAAUUACAGAAACAGCCUUGUCCGAUGGCAGUAUUUUCGUUACCCGCGAAUCACCCGUUGCACCCAAAGUCCAGGCCACUGCACCACCCCUUCGUGCCAACGCAAACAAACCGCAAUUAACCGCCGAACAAAUUAAUGAGAUGCGUCAAUUACGGCAACAGGAUCCUGCCACAUGGACUCGAAAGAAAUUAGCAGACAAGUUUGGCUGCUCAGAAUUGUUUGUCAGUAUCUCUGCUCCGACCGUCAAGCGUGCUGUCAAGGUCGAAUUGGAGGCAUCCAGCAAAGCUGGUUACAGACGUCAAUUGAUUAGAAAGAACCGCGAGAGAAGACGAGAGCUGUGGUAGACGAAGGUACCGAUUGUUUCUGCUCUCUUUAUCUUUUAUUUUGUAUACAUACACUUUUCGUCCUUUGUACAUCCUUCCCUUCACCUUAAAAAACGCAAACACACAAUACACGCAUAUACACACCACAUCUCUCGGCUCUUGUCACAAACACGUCUUUUAAAAUAUCACCAUUCCAAAAAUCGCAUUUAAAUAACAAAAAUUAAAGAGUACUAUGCUUAGCAUAUCUUGACC